GAAACGUUCUUGACGACGAUCCACUAAGGAUGAGUAGAGUCUGUGAGGAAGCUCCGAUUUCCAAGCCCGGUACCUGCGUCAAGACGGCACGAGCAUUCUAUUGUGCUAAUAAUGGUCUAAAGUGAUGGCACCCAGGCCUUUUGCUUUGUGUAUAUCCGAUAUGACGGUCGCAGGAACAUUGCCCGCUCGUUCCAGAGUGGCUUGCAUGGUGUAGCUCUCCACUCCAUGUUGUGGUGCCAUUGAGGGACGCUCAAUGACGCAAAUCGUCGCUCACCGCGCGUCGACGAACAUAAAGUGAACCACCAGCUUCCACGCAUGUACCUCUCAUAAAGUACUCUCCGAACCCAUUGAACCGCUCUGUUCGUCGUAAUCAGUAGUCGAGCACGCGACAGCCAAGAUGUCGGCCGUGGAAACCAUUAGAGGUCUUACUAACACAUACCAUGCCUACGUCUUCGGCACCGCCUUCUGGUACUUCCUUCGCGGCUUUAUGCGCGUCGUUGCGCCAAAAACGGUCGCUGAAUGGUUCCGCCCGCCAUCGCAAGCCUACCUCACCCAAGGACUAGGUGUCACAGAAGCUAACGACCUCGAGCUUUACAAUAUCCGCACCGACGCCUGGGGGCUGAUAGCACUGGCUCUACUCCUGAUUGCCCUGGCCGACGCGGUCCCACUCCCCUCCUCUCUGGUAGGCUCCUCACUAGUCAACUCCGCGCCAUCUCAAUACAAGAAGCCGUACGCCCGCGCGGCUGUGCUUAUCACGAUCUUCCACCAUGUCACUACCGGAAUCGGGGCUUACCAGCACUGGAGACUUCCAAGCCAUCACAAUGUCUCCAUGGACAUCGGCGUCUACGGCAACAUUGGUUUGACCUUGCUGGGAAUCGCGGCGUUGUACGGGCUGAGAGAUGAAGGGCUAGAUGCGGAUGCGGCGGGCAAGAAGAAGGCUUGAGCGGGCGGGAUGAGUGUUCACAGGCCUUGCGGUGCGCUAACGCAAGCAGACAGUGUCGCAGCGUGCUCACAUGCUUCCAGAUGGAGCGACCUUCUCCGCCCGGUCAUGGCCGAGUAAUGUAAGGCUACGCGGCAGAAUCC